CGAGCCGUAGGGCGGCCCGUGCCGCGGGGGCUCUUGGGAAGUGUAGGCGGAAGAGGCCGGCCUGGCAUGAUGGAUGCCCUGCACACCACCGGGAUCCACUUCGCAGAGGUGCUGCAGGCCGGGCCGCCCUGUCUAGAAAAGUUCUGGAUCUCGGUGACCUCCCUGGCUGAUCCCAAAUGCGUCUUCACCAUCUGUUUCCCUCUCGCCUAUUUUCUCGACCGCAAGGUGGGGGUGUCGGUGCUGUGGAUCGGCCUGGUGUCAGAGUGGCUCAACGUGGUCCUCAAAUGGUUCUUAUUCGGGGAGCGCCCGUUCUGGUGGGUCCAUGAGUCGGGGCUCACCAGAAAGGAGCUGGUCACGCUGCGCCAGUUUGCCGUAUCCUGUGAAACAGGACCGGGGAGCCCCUCCGGCCACUGCAUGAUCACGGGGGCAGCCCUCUGGCCUCUUGUCACCGCACUGACGGCACUGGCAUCCAGACACUCCAGGAGCCUAGUGGUGAAGCUGAGCCCCUUUGGCGCCUACACCCUGCUCCUGCUGGCCGUGGGGCUCUCACGGAUCUUCGUCCUGGCCCAUUUCCCCCAUCAGGUGGUCGGCGGCAUCCUGGCAGGGGCAGCCCUGGGCUGGGGGCUGCAGGGUCACACCCCGGCCACCCGCACAAUGGGCUUCUUCGUGGCCGCCGCGCUGGCCCUGCUGCUUGGCUCCCUCGCCCUGCACAGCCUGGUGAUCGCCGCCGGCAUCGACAUCGACUGGUCCAUCCGCUUGGCCACAAAAUGGUGCUCCAACCCCGCCUGGCUGCGCCUCGACACCCGGCCCUUCGCCUCCAUCUGCCGGGACACUGGCAGCGCCCUGGGGCUGGGGCUAGCUGCUGCCUUCCCCCUGCCCCGGGGCGGGCAGCUGGAACCCCGGCAGCGCGUGGCCAGCGCCAUGCUGGCCUUGGUGGCCAUGCAGGUCUUCCACCGGCUCCUCCAGCCCACAGAUGUGACCCUGUGGUAUGCCACCAACUUCUUCAAGUACGCUGCUGGGCCCUGGCUGGUGACAUCUCUCCUGCCCUGGCUUGUCCUCUCCCUCGGCCGUCCGCGUGGCUCCCCCCACACCGAUUAGGGGUCCCCACCAUGUCCCGGUGAGUCCUGUGCCCCCACUCCUAGCUUUGCCCUUGGCUGUGCCCAUCGCUGGUGGCUCCUGGCCUGAGUGCAGCCACCGGUUACACGUCAGGAGGGCGCCCAUGUCCCCUCUUGGGACCACAGGCCAGUUGUUUAACCCUCGCUCCCCCCAGGGCAGUGGGACCCCCCCAGCAUGGGGCAGGCAGGAAGGUGCCCCUGUGCUCAGCAGGUCUGGGGACAGCGUAGGGACAGCCCCAGCCUUGGGGUCACCCACGAAUGGCACCAGUUUCCACUUCUCCCCUUGCUUUGCUCCCCUACCAGCUGCUCCGGUUCAGUUUCCCCCCACUGUGCUACAGUGGCUGGGGGCGGCCACCCCAUUUCUAACCAAAUAAAGGCACUAUUGCCAACCUGCCGGCCCCGAGUCCUUCAAACCGAGGGGAGACAGGCUGGGGACCCUGGGGGCAGGGCAAGCGCCUGGGCUGGGGAGUAACUGAGGGAGGGAGAUGGGACUCCCACGGGCUGGUCCCACUCCACACCCCAGU